UGUGAGCUGCCUUAUCUGUUCUAGAUGUGCAGGAAAGCUUGGAUCUCGGUGGCUCUUUUAGACCUGUCUUUGGGGGCUGGAGGGAUUGCAAAGCUUUGGGAGUUGGCAGUGGGUCCGGCAAAAGAAUUGCCUUUUGAUCAGCAAAAUGAAAUUAUUCCUGCUGCGCUUCUGCUGGGUUCCCCCCCUCCCCUUCCUCUCCUCACGGUUGGGCAUGGCUGGUGGGAGGGAUUUCUGACUGUCAGCAAGAAAGAAACAAGAGAGCAUGUGAAUGAAAGGCAGACCUGGGAAAGGCAAGAAGAAAGUUUUGUUGGUCUGUAGUGCAGGGGAUAGAAGAGCUGCUGCUUUCAAAGCGAGUGUGUGUAAGAGAGUGAGUCUCCUGCCAGGAGAAAGGUGGAGGUUGAUGGAGGGAGGAUGAGUUAGGGUGUGCAGUGAGGGUUAAUGGAAAUCUCUGCCCAUUGCUGAAAGGGGGCUGGGAAUUGUGUGUGUCUUCAGGGAGGUGGACUUCUCUGUGGGAGCUCCCAUCCUCAGAGUUGGGUUAUAUAUUGCCUCGUGAAGUGGAUCAGGACACCAAACCAAUCAAACCUACAUGGGACUUCGCUGCUGGACUGAACCCAGAUUUUGUAAGCCACCGGCACUUUGGAUCUCCUCAGAAAGUAAAUGUCAGAAGGAAAAGCCACCUCAGCAUAAUUUAAUACUAACAAGAGAAGCUAAGGAGCCAGGUUUGGGUUUUGGAAAAGCUCUGUGACCACUCUCAUUGUCCUCACUUCCCUUGGACUGAAGAUACAGGGGAAACUGCCUUUAGGAGGAAAAGUCCAAGAGUGAUAAAUCUGCUCUUCCAGCGGACCCCAGCAAGAAUCGGUGUGUGUUCCCAUAGCGUUGUUCUUUGUCAGCAAAGGCGAAAUUGGCAAAGUCAGGAGGUAAUCAUGAACAUUUUUCUUUGAGGAAGAGACGCUUGCCAGCCUCUCACUUGGGAAGGCUGUAAAACUUUCUAGGCACCCACCAGAGCCACCCUGGGAAGGGAGGGGAGCCGCAGCAAUGGAGCCACACGUGUUGUUGGUGCUGUCGUUCAUUCUCACCCUUUCGGUGUGUCCGCUCACCUGUGGGAACAAACUGCAGCCCCUUAUGCCAAACGUUUGUGCGGAGCAAGAGCUGGUGAUAGUGGGGCACAGGCAGCCAUGUGUCCAAGCUUUCACUCGGAUGGUCAAAGUGUGGAAACAGGGCUGUGGAGGACAGCUGUGGUGCAUAGGCUAUGAACGGAGAACAGCAUAUUACACAGACUACAGGCAGGUGUACAGCAUGGAAUACCAGACUGUGUACAAGUGCUGCCCAGGAUGGUCCCAGCUUGGAGGGGAUGCUGGCUGCCUUUACUCUGUCUGCAAUUAUGGAGUUUGUUUCAAUGGAGGAAACUGCAUGGAAGGAUCUUCUCAGCUCUGUCGCUGCCCUUCUGGUUUCCAGGGAUCCCGCUGUCAGUAUGAUGUCAAUGAAUGCGAAGCCGGCAACAGUGGUUGUGAGUCCCAGUGCUGCAAUACGAUUGGGAGCUUCUACUGCAAGUGCCCUGAUGGGCUGAGGCUGAAGGGAGACGGGAAGGCGUGCGAAGAUGUUGAUGAGUGCCAGGUUCACAACGGGGGCUGCCAGCACAGAUGUGUGAACACCCUGGGAUCCUAUUACUGUGAGUGCAAGCCAGGCUUUCGCCUGCACACUGAUGGCAGGACCUGCAUUGCUGUGAACACCUGUGCCGUCAGCAAUGGUGGAUGCGAACAUGAUUGCGUGCAGCUGACCCUAACACAGCAUCAGUGCCAGUGCCGGUACAAUUACCACCUGAAGGAGGAUGGCAAGCACUGUGUCCUGAGGAACCCAUGUGCCAAUAGGAAUGGAGGCUGCAUGCACCAAUGCCAAAAUCGCCGUGGAGUAGUGCGCUGCGAGUGCCACCCCGGCUACCGACUGGCAGCUGACAGCCAGGCCUGUGAAGACGUAGAUGAAUGUGCAACUGGGCUGGCCAUGUGUGCACACAGCUGUCUCAACACCCGCGGCUCCUUUAAAUGCACUUGUAACCCUGGGUAUGAGCUGGGGGAAGAUGGCAAGCAGUGCUACAGGAUAGAGAUGGAGAUUGUGAAUAGCUGUGAGGCCAGUAAUGGUGGCUGUUCCCAUCUAUGCCGUCACACUAGCUCCGGCCCUGUCUGCUCCUGUAACUUUGGCUACCAGCUUGAUGAGGACCAGAAAACCUGCAUUGAUAUCGAUGAUUGUGAUGCUCGUUCUCAUUGCUGUCAGCAGGACUGUUACAAUUAUCCUGGCGGCUAUGAAUGUGUUUGCUAUGCUGGAUACAGGCUCAACACCGAUGGUUGUGGGUGUGAUGAUGUGGAUGAGUGCUCCUCAAAUAACGGUGAGUGUGAACACACGUGCCAGAACCUGGUGGGGUCCUUCCAGUGCAGCUGCCAGAUUGGAUACAAACUGGAUGAAGACCGGAGGAGCUGUAUUCCUCUGGAUGACCCCAUGGAAGCCCUGGAUGGCCAGCGCCCCAUCAUACGCCCUAUUCCUCACGUCGCCAUCCUGCGCGAUGAGUUCACCCAGCUCUUCGAUGAGGAGUAUGAGGAGGAGGAGGAAGAGGUGGAAGCAAGAGGAGAGCACACGCUUUCGGAAAAAUUUGUCUGCUUGGAGGACACCUUUGGUCAUGACUGCAGCCUGACAUGCGAUGAUUGCAGAAAUGGUGGAACAUGCAAUGAGGACCAGACUGGUUGUGACUGUCCGGAGGGCUGGAGUGGAGUCAUAUGCAAUCAGACCUGUCCCGAAGGCACCUUUGGGAGGAACUGCAGCUUCACCUGCCACUGUAAGAAUGGAGGCACGUGUGAUCCAGUGACUGGGAAGUGCCGCUGCCCGCCUGGGGUCAGUGGAGAACUGUGUGAGGAUGGCUGCCCUAAAGGAUUCUUUGGGAAACAAUGUAGGAAGAAAUGCAACUGUGCCAACAGAGGUCGGUGCCAUCGAAUUUACGGGGCCUGUUUGUGUGACCCUGGACUUUACGGACGAUACUGCCAUUUAGCCUGCCCGAAGUGGGCCUACGGGCCCGGGUGCUCCGAAGAAUGCCUGUGUGUGCAGCAGAAUACGCAGGAGUGUGACAAGAAGGACGGCUCCUGCAGAUGCAAACCUGGUUAUCAUGGCAAAAGGUGUCAGACAAAGUGUGACUCCGGCUAUUAUGGUGGUGGCUGCAAGAACAAAUGCAGUUGCCCCUUGGGAGUUUCCUGUGACCAUGUGAGCGGAGAGUGUCAGAAAGAGUGUCCCGAGGGUUACCAUGGGGAGAACUGCGACCAAGAGUGCCCAGAAGGGAAGUUUGGGGUUAACUGUUUACAAUCCUGUUCCUGUGGCAGCUCCCCCUGCGACCGGCUCACUGGGAAGUGCAUCUGUUUGCCGGGUAGAACAGGACUUGACUGUGGCCGAGCUUGCCCCGAUGGCCGCUGGGGAGUGGGCUGCCAGGAGAUCUGCCUGGAGUGUGAGAACGACGCCAGCUGUGACCCGGCCACGGGUGCCUGUCUGUGUCCACCUGGAUACACUGGCAGUCGCUGCCAGGAUGUGUGUCCAGCUGGCUGGUUUGGGCCAGGCUGCCAGAUGAGAUGUAGCUGUGGGAAUGAUGGAUACUGUCACCCGGUGACAGGGAAAUGUAGCUGUGCUCCUGGCUGGACUGGGGAUAACUGCAGGAGAGCCUGUGACGCUGGGCACUGGGGCCCAGAUUGUGCUAACACUUGCAACUGUAGCAACAGUGACGGAAGUUGCAAUAUGAGGACAGGACGGUGCGUUUGUGAAGCCGGCUCUACGGGACUCCGUUGUGAUCAGAAGUGUCCUGAAGGAUGGUUUGGGCUAAGCUGCGGACACCGGUGUCAGUGUCACAACGGAGCUGUCUGUGACCACGUCAGUGGGGCGUGCACUUGCAGCCCUGGCUGGAGCGGGACAUUCUGUGAGCGUGCCUGUCCCGAUGGAUUUUAUGGACUGGAGUGUCAGAAAACCUGCACAUGUCUGAACGGAGCCCGCUGUGAUCAUGUGACGGGGCGCUGCACGUGUCCCGCCGGCUGGAUUGGCCUUAGCUGUAACCAGACUUGUAAGGAUCACUGGUAUGGAGAGAAUUGCAGUCAGGCAUGCAGCUGCUUUAAUGAUGCCACCUGUGACCAUGUUAGUGGACAGUGUCUCUGUGCGGCUGGAUGGACAGGAGCCACCUGCCAGCAAGCGUGUCCAUAUGGUUUCUAUGGCACGAACUGCCACCAGCACUGCCUCUGUCGGAAUGGCGGAACGUGUGACCCCGUCACGGGGCACUGCACAUGCCUAGAAGGAUGGACUGGAUUGGCUUGUGAGCUGGAAUGUGCGCAAGGACGGUACGGUGUGGAUUGCCAGCAAGCCUGCGACUGCCAGAACAGGGGGCUGUGUGACCGUCAGACAGGCCUCUGCAUCUGCCGGGCUGGCUGGACUGGGCCGCAGUGCCAGAGCUCUUGCCCGGAGGGUAUGUUUGGAGACCGCUGUGCAGAGCAGUGCGCCUGUGGGGCUGGAGUCUCAUGCCACCACAUCACUGGCGCCUGUGACUGCCCCACAGGCUGGAGGGGCCAGCGCUGUGAGAAAGCCUGCCUGCCUGGUUCAUUUGGGAAGGACUGUGCCAGCCGCUGCGACUGUCCCCCAGGAACGCCUUGCAACCAUGUCACUGGCCAGUGUGGCUGCCCUCCAGGAUUUAUGGGCCAUGGAUGUGAACAAUCCUGUCUGGCAGGGACCUUUGGGCUGAACUGCGCUCAGGCUUGCCAGUGCCCAGAAGUGAACCAAGACUGUCAUCCUGUCACUGGGGAGUGUAUCUGUGCGCCUGGUUACCAUGGAAGAAAUUGCCAGCUAAGAUGUUCAGCUGGUUGGUAUGGCCCCAAUUGUGAGCAGCAGUGUAAGUGCAAGAAUCAAGGACACUGUGAGACCACCACAGGGACAUGUCAGUGUCCCGCUGGGUACGUUGGAGCUGACUGCAGUAUCGGCUGCCCUGUUGGUCGCUAUGGCAAGGACUGCAUGCACCUGUGUUCCUGUGGAGAAGGAGCCACCUGUCACCAUGUGACAGGCAUCUGCAUUUGUCCAGCAGGAAGAACUGGUCCCAGCUGUGAACACGUCUGCCAGAAAAACCAGUAUGGGGAAGGCUGUACGCAGACCUGCUCCUGUCAGAAUGGAGGAAUCUGCCAUGCGGCCGACGGCUCCUGUUUGUGUGGGCUUGGGCGGACCGGGAAAUUCUGCGAACUGGAAUGCCCACCGGGGAAGUAUGGCGCCAACUGCCAGCUGAGCUGUGCGUGCCGGAAUAAAGGGAUUUGUGACCAAGUGACGGGAGCCUGCCACUGCCGCAGAGGGCACUAUGGGCACUUAUGUGAGCAGACCUGCCCUCCAGGUUUCCAUGGACUUCAUUGUCAGGAGUUGUGUGAUUGUCAAAAUGGAGCGACUUGUGACCCAGUGACCGGUCAGUGUCUGUGUCCUGCUGGCUUCCACAAAGACCGCUGUCAGAAAGGCUGCGAGGAGGGGCGGUAUGGAGAGGGUUGCCAGCAGUUGUGUGACUGUGAAGGAAACGCACCAUGUGAUCCGGUCACUGGGCGCUGCCUGUGUCCACCUGGAAAAACUGGAGCCAAGUGUGAGCUGGACUGCCGCACGGAUAAAUUUGGCCCAGAUUGCGCCCUGACCUGUGACUGUGGCUCUGUCAAUUCUUUCUGCAAUGCUCAGAAUGGCCAGUGCACGUGCAUUAAUGGGUACAUAGGCCCUACAUGUCAAGAAGCUGUGGCCUCUAGAAUAUCCUACCUGUUCUCUCCCAGGGAAGUUUUCCAGCCUGUGAAACAUUAGGUCAUGCAGCCACCAUCUUUGAGGAAAACAAGAGUCAGCCUGUAAACAAGCCCCUGGUCUUUCUGCUGAACCUGUCUUAGCUAACACUAACCACACAGGAAUUCAGCCUAAGAGGUUUGAGGCUAUUGCACACAACUCAGCUCAUCUCUGCAAGGAGCCUGUGAACAAGUGUGUAAAAAGCCACACACCUGGGAGAAAUGCUGUUGGAAUUUCAUGCUCAACAAACUUUGGGAAGCAUUUUAUUUUUACUCCAUCAUAGAGAUGCAGUAGUUUUUUCUCCAGUGGGCAAUUAGUGGACUUCUGCGGCUCAUCCUCUAAUUUUUUUUUUAUUGUCUGUGUGGAAUUUUAAUCAAAAUACAUAUUUAUGUAAAGAUAUUUAUGGGAAGAUGUACAAAUGUGUUUUCAUGCUUGGUAGCCAAAGACCCCUGCCCCCAGUGCGUGGAGGUGCUGCAUCACUUGAUUUUUGAACUUGUGAGCAGUCUUUCCUUGUAGUUUACCGUUGGCCACGGUGCUGUAAUAAAAUAAACAUUCAAUAAGUUGGUCAUACGAACGCUCACAUUUAAGUUCCAAAAUGUACUGUAAGUCCUGCUUCCAUAGAGGAGCAUUUGAUACUCGUGGGUGACAAGGACUCCGGGGAUUGUGCAAACUUUGUUAAACUAAUGAGACUUGACUUACAUGUGACUGCUUCUUCCAGCACCACAGGAGAAGCAGUCUGGUUGGUAGUAGUCUGUAUAUAAAAUAAUGGGCUGGAGUAGCAUCGUAGAUCAGACUCAGUGUUCGUAACCUCGUCUUUCCAAGGAGCUGAGCUACUAACCUGUUUAUCCUUGAGAUGUUUAAAGGCAAGUUUGUUUAAGGUGUUUUGCACUCUGUUCCACUGCACCAACUUAAUAGAGUACACCCUCCCUCUCCACAGCUGGGUACAAGAAACUUUGUUGCUUUAAAAGAAAUAUUAACUUAGCUGCUCAUUUGAUGAAAAGUUAUUUAUUUAUAUAUGUUCUACUCUGUACUCCUUUUGAACUGAUGAGUGCUAGAACACAGUAUUAUGUCAAAAACAACAUAAAGUGGUACCUGGUUUGGAUUAUAAUAAAAGCUAAAGGGAAUAUGA